AUCCAAUUCUCUCUCUCUCUCUCACUAUACUUCUCCUUUAUCUCUCUCUUGCAACCCUUCUUCCUUGAUGUGAUUCUCCACCAUAAAACUCAUCAACCUUUUACAAAAGAGAGAAUUUAAGCAUAUAAUCAAAAAAAUAAAAUUAUAUUCAGCACCCACCACCAUGGUUUUCUCUUCUGUUCCGGUCUAUCUAGAUCCUCCCAAUUGGCCUAACCAGCAUGGUGAUGGGGUUGAUGGGAGUGAGGGUUCGCCGCUACUUGGGGCGGCGAUGGUGGCGCAGGGGCAGGCGCAGCCGCAGCCGCCUGCGGCGGCUGGCGGCGGGAUAAGGCCGGGUUCGAUGACGGAGAGGGCGAGGCAGGCGAAGAUCCCUUUCCCGGAGGCGGCGCUGAAGUGCCCGCGUUGCGAGUCGACGAACACCAAGUUUUGCUACUUCAACAAUUACAGCCUCUCGCAGCCGCGCCAUUUCUGCAAGACUUGCCGGAGAUACUGGACCAGAGGCGGCGCAUUGAGGAACGUGCCCGUCGGCGGCGGGUGCCGGCGGAACAAGAGGAGCAGUAAAGGGAGGAGCCGAUCGAAGUCCCCCGGCCGGGCCGACGCGCCGCCCAGCUCGAGCUCCAACGCUCAUCGCCGCCCCGGAGAUAUUAUAGCGUCUCCGGGCCACCAUUUUCCGCCGCCGCCGCAGAUACCAUUCCUCCCCCCUCUCCAGAACCUCACCGGCUUCGCGGCGGCGACACCGGACCUGGGCUUAAAUUUCAGCGCAAACGAAAUGGAAUUCCCGGCGGGGAACAACUCCGGCAUAAACUUAUCCGCUCGGUUCGCGGAUUUGUUCAGACUCCAACAAGGAAUCACCCAACUCCCUUUCUUAUCCGGCCUGGAUCACCCCGCCGACGGCAUGUACCAAUUCGAAACCGGAAUUGAUCAAUACGUCGCCGGAGCCACAGAUCAUCUCGGAGCAAAACCCUUCGAAACCGGCGGCGGGGCAGCUAAUCUGCUAAAUGUGAAGCUAGAAGAACACAAUAACAACAAUGCCUUAAAUUUAUCAAGAAACUUUCUGGGAAUGUCAGGAAAUGAUCAAUUCUGGAGUGGCAAUAAUGGCUUCGCAGCAGAUCUGCCUGGUUAUGCUUCUUCUACUGGCCGACUCUUGUGAUUUCUCUUCUUCCUCAAAAACCCUACUUAUUAAAUUUAUACAAAAAACAAAGGGUUUUCUGAAACAUAAUCUGCAGACUGGGAAUGAAGGAUCAAAGAAGAUGUGUUAAAACUCUCUUUUUUUGUUUCCGGUGGUAGGCUGAUUCAAUUCCGGUACCAUUUUUUGGUUCUUUAUCUAUCCUAAUAUGGAUUAUAUGUUCAUGGAUGUAGGUUAUGUUAGCUAGCUAUGUGUUCAUGAUGUUCAUUAAUAUUUGAUGACAUAUGAGGGCUUGAUUAUAUUAAUAUAAUUAUCAGUACCACUAAAACGUUUUUA